ACACUUUUUAAAAACAAGAGAUCUGUGGUUUGCCCUUCUUCUACUUUGAGAAAGAUAGCAAGAUGAAUGAGAAGCUAAGUGUCAUGGAACUACUAAAACGAGCUGCAAAGUUACUCUUCAGUAACAUCAAUCUCGCUUUCUUCCUCUUCUUCUCCUCUCUCCCACUGUUUUGUUUCUUGAUCCUUUUCGAGCUCUCUCUCCAAACCACCAUCUCUCUCACUUACCAGUUCCUCUCCCAAGAACUCGAUCUUGGCGGCUACUUCUUUCUCCAAGAUCAUAAAGAUCUGUCGGAGAACGAUCUCAUUCCAUGGCUGAUUCAGACAUCUCUGCUAUACUUUUUUCCCUACACCCUUCUUGACCUCUUUACCACCACCGUGAUCGUUGCAGCAUCUUCCGUAUCUUACACGUCAGGGGAAGAAGAACCGUUGGGGAUGCUUUGUCUGGUACAGAGAUCUGCCAAGAUAUGUCGGAACAGAUUAGUCGGUUGUCUGAUCACAUCACUCUAUGUCCUCCUCUUGUCAACCUCAGUGUUCUUCGGUUUCUUCUCAGAAUCAGUCAACUACUUAUUCAUUACUUCUCUCGCACGUGAUUACCAAAGGUUCCACAGCAAAACAGCAGUGCUGUUCCACGCGGUUGUGGUUCUGAUUCGCGGUACUGUCUUCAUAGUUCUGGCUGUCAAGUUCGGAAAUUGGAGCGCGGGAUGGAACAUGGGUUUGGUUGUUUCGGUCUUAGAAGAAGAAGAAGAUGGAGAAGAUGGUAAAGGAGGCAUCUAUGGAACAAAUGCUCUGUCUCUUUCGUAUUGGUAUGGAAGGGGACAUGAGAAACGUGAUCUCUUGAUGAUGUUGAUGUUCUUGGUCUUUGCUAUUGCGACGAGGAUGCCGUGUUUAUACUCCAGAUGUAGUUUGAGUUUGAGCUCGAGUGGAAAUGGAGUUUUGUAUACUGGUCUCUAUGUGGGUUUGAUUUGUGUUGGGAAUGUGGUUAAAUGGGUGGCUUGUGUUGUAAGUUACUAUGAUUGUAGAGCUAGGGUUUUGGAGAAGAAGGAUGAUGUGGAGAUUGGAUCAAAAGCUAAGGGUUUUGCUACAUAAGAGAUUUGUUUUUGCUUUUGGCACACGUUUUGCUUUACUUGUAUCCGACAAUAAGAAAAGUAGUUACAUUGGAGUUUGCUACAUUACAUUUUAAUCUAUUGUUAAUGUUCAUA